UCCUAGCAAGUAUCCAUCAAGGGGAGACAGGGCCCAAGAGACACAGUUCUGGCUGCUGGGUAAACCAGGGCAGCACAGAAACGCCUGCUGGCUGCGUCCGGCUCCCUGCUGGUGCGGGAAUUGUCAGGCACCACGCUAGAGAUUAAGUUUUCUUAGACUCCCUUUCCAGGCAUUGACACUUACCUGUAAGUUUGCUUAAGCAGCAUUUGUUUUCUUCUCUCCACAGGUGGUGUGUGGACUCCAGACCAGGUGCCUAGUCCCCCUCCCACUCCUGGGGCCUCUCGCCACGCCCUUGCUCUGAGAGCCGCCCGAGCCCUAGCCAGCAUCCAGACAUGGGGGACAUGAAAACUCCCGACUUCGAUGACCUUCUGGCUGCCUUCGACAUCCCGGACCCCACCAGCCUGGACGCCAAGGAGGCCAUCCAGACCCCCGGCGAGGAGAGGGAGGGCCCCCUGAAGCCCGCGGGCCUGUGCGCAGAUGACAGUGCGGCCUUGUCGCAUGCAGGGGCCGCGCCGGACGCCCCAGCCGUGAGUGUCAUCGUCAAGAACACGAGCCGCCAGGAGUCACUAGAAGCGGAGAAAGACCACAUGGCGCCCAGCCUCCUGCCCAACGGGUUCCGGGGCCCAGCGCCACCCCCGGAGCCCCACCACGGCGGGAAGUUCGACUCCCCUUUCGUGAAUGGAGACAGCACCCGGAGCUUCCCUGGCAAGCUGGAGCUUCCCAAGUCAGAGCCGCUGCCAACCUUCAGCCAGUUCAGCCCCAUCUCCAGCCCGGAGCCCGAGGACCCCAUCAAAGAGCAUGGCUUUGUGAUCAAGUCCAAGCACGCAGCUGACAGUUACUUCCCCCCACCCCCUGGGUGCGGAGCCGUGGGGGGCCCGGUCCUCGAGGCUCUGGCUAAGUUUCCAGUGCCCGAGCUGCACAUGUUCGACCACUUUUGUAAGAGAGAGCCAAAGCCGGAGCCCCUGCCCUCGGAUGGCCGGCAGGAGCCAGGGCAGGGGGUGCAGAAGGCCGCGGAGCCUCACAAGGAGCUGGCCUCUGGCCAGUUUCUAGGGGAAGCCUUGGGGUUCGGCGGCCCCAGCAGUAUUGAAGGGCCCCCUGCGCAGCGGGCCCCCGCGCUCAGUGCCUGCGCCUCCGCGCCCCCCCGGCAGCGCCUUAAGCCCGCGCACUCCAAGCUGUCCUCCUGCGUGGCUGCCCUGGUGGCCCUGCAGGCGAAGCGGGUGUCCGGCGUCGCCAGGGAGGACCACCCUGGUCACGCACAGGACCCCCCGGGGCCUGCCAGAGAGGCCCCCAAAGUGCCCAAGUCACCAAAGAGUCCCCGGAGCCCUCUGGAGGCCACAAGGAAGAGCGUGAAGCCAUUGGACAGCCCGCGCAGCGCCAGUCCCCGCAGCACCUGCUCCGACAGCAGCAGCCGGGGCUCCCCACCCGCCAUCCCCAAAGUCAGGAUCAAGACCAUCAAGACGUCCUCAGGGGAAAUCAAACGGACCGUCACCAGGGUCUUGCCCAAUCCAGAUGACCCGAGCAAGUCCCCCGCUGGGUCCCCUGUGGGGGGUGCCCCUGCGGAGGCUUCUAGCAAGGUGCCUGGGGAUGAGGGCCUCCCCCAGCCUGUGGAGGGGCCACCGGAGGCAGGCACGAGCUCAGGGAACCCCCGGGGGGACAGUGAAGGGGAUGAGAGCUCUGGGCCUCGGGUCCCAAAGGGGGCAGUCCCUGGCCCGCAGGCAGGCAAGACGCAGCAGAGCACCGCCCUACAGCCCACGGCCCCGGCCCCGGCCCACCUGCUGCCCAAGGCCGUGCACCUGGCCAACCUGAACCUGGUUCCCCACAGCGUGGCUGCCUCAGUGACGGCCAAGUCCUCCGCCCAGGGGCGGGGCCAGCCGCAGCCCCCCCACAUGUCUGUGCCCCUGGUCCACCAGGUGCGGAAGGCCGCACCCCUGAUUGUGGAGGUCUUCAACAAGGUGCUCCACAGCUCUAACCCCGUGCCCCUCUACGCGCCAAACCUCAGCCCGCCCGCAGACAGCAGGAUCCACGUGCCGGCCAGCGGCUACUGCUGCCUGGAGUGUGGGGACGCCUUCGCCUUAGAGAAGAGCCUGGGCCUGCACUACGCCCGGCGCAGCGUCCACAUCGAGGUGCUGUGCACACUCUGCUCCAAGACGCUGCUCUUCUUCAACAAGUGCAGCCUGCUCCGGCAUGCCCGCGACCACAAGGGCAGGGGCCUCGUCAUGCAGUGCUCGCAGCUGCUGGUCAAGCCCAUCGCUGCCGACCAGAUGUUUGUGCCCGCCCCCCUGAACACCGCCACCGCCCCGGCCUCCCCCAAGCCAGGCUCCUCCUCGGGCGGCGCUGCCCCUCCAGUCCCGGCCUUGCCCCUCUACCCUGACCCCGUGCGGCUCAUCCGAUAUGGAACCAAGUGUCCCGAGUGCCACAAGCAGAUGAGAGACUACAUGGUGCUGGCCACGCACUUCCAGAGGGUAGCCAGCGAGACAGAGGGUCUGACCUGCCAAGUGUGCCAGAUGCUGCUGCCCAACCAGUGCAGUUUCUGUGCCCACCAGCGGGUCCACGCGCACAAGUCUCCCUACUGUUGCCCGGAGUGCGGGGUCCUCUGCCGCUCUGCCUACUUCCAGACCCAUGUGAAGGAGAACUGUCUGCACUACGCCCGCAAGGUGGGCUACAGGUGCAUCCACUGUGGGGUUGUCCACCUGACCUUGGCCUUGCUGAAGAGCCACAUCCAGGAGCGACACUGCCAGGUCUUCCACAAGUGUGCGUUCUGCCCCAUGGCCUUCAAGACGGCCAGCAGCACUGCGGACCACAGCGCCGCCCAGCACCCAGCCCAGCCCCACAGGCCCUCCCAGCUCAUCUACAAGUGCUCUUGUGAGAUGAUCUUCAACAAGAAGAGGCACAUUCAGCAGCACUUCUACCAGAACAUCAGCGCCACGCAGACCAGUGUGUUCAAGUGCCCCGAGUGCCCACUGCUGUUCCCGCAGAAGCCCGAGCUGCCGCUGCCCGCCCGCCCGAGGGGCCUCUCCUGGGAGACCAAGGGCGGGAAGGGCUCUGGCCACUCCGCCAUAGCGCUGGGUUCCAAGGCAAAGGGUCCUGAGGGGUCUGGGAGAGGCCUGCCUGUGCCGCCAGGACCCGGGGUCUUUCCCGUGGCCAGUCUGGCCUGUAGGCCCAGGGCCAGCUCCCGGGAAGCACCUGCUGCUCUCUGCCCCUGGCCCGCCCUGCGGGAGCGCUGCUCCCCACAGCCCUGGGCAUGCCCAGACCCGCCGGGCACUGUGCUCCGCAGGUACUGUGUGGAGGACAGCCCCAGCUUCCCUCGGCCCUCGCUCCUGCAGAGCCACGUCAGCCUUAUGCACGGCAUCCGCAGCCCCGAUUUGAGCCCCACGUCCAAAGUCACACCGCCAGGCGGCCGCUCCCCACAGGCAAACCGGCUGAAAAGAGCAGGCGAUGCCCCAGGCACCAGCAACGGUACCACCGCGUCUUCCACCAAAAGGCACAAGUCGCUUUUCCAGUGUGCAAAAUGUGGCUUUGCCACGGACUCAGAGCCGGAGUUUCAGAGCCACGUACCUCAGCACCACGUGGACAGCUCCACGGCCCAGUGCCUCCUGUGCGGCCUGUGCUACACGUCCACCAGCUCCCUCAGCCGCCACCUCUUCAUCGUCCACAAAGUGAGAGACCAGGAGGAGGAGGAGGAGGAGGAAGAGGAGGAGGAGGAAGAGGUGAAGGUGAAGGUGGAGGCUGCAGAUCCACAGGAAGGCUCUGGGGAGGAGGUGGCCAUGGAAACAAGGGAGAAUGGACUAGAAGCCUGUGCGACAGAGCCCUUGCGGGCUGUCCCCGAGGCUCAGAGGUCACUGGGCGUUGCCCAGACCGAGGGUGGCGCCCGCGAUGCCCAGAGCCGGCUGCGGGCUUCUCAGGACCAGGACGGCCCCGCGCUGUCCCCUCAGGUGUGACCCGCGGCUGGGCGCGUGUGGUCAGG